AUGCCUAAACACAAAAAUUAUGCAUGGAAAAUACUACUGGUUGAGGAGGAUAGGGAGGAGUACACUGGUAUUAGAAGCGGUGGUGAUAAAGAAAUUAUUGAUCUGAAACCUGAGCCAAAUCUAAAGAGGUUAAAUCAGAUGAAGAGAUUACAAGUGAAAAAAAAAAAAGCAAAGUUUAAUCUGAAACUAAAGGCUUUAAGCUGGGAAGGAGAUGAAAUGAUUGAAACGGUCCAGAAAAAAAGGGUACUGUGA